AUGGAGGCAUUUGGGCCGAGAAAACGCCGGAGACUGUCUCCAGCCGAGGAAGCUGGAGUAGGUCGAUCCGAGGCAUCGUCGGAUCAGGAGAAUCACUCCGAGGAGUCGACCGACAUCAAGCUCGCUAUUUUGAUGUCACUGUACCCAAACAUCAAGCAGGAUGAUAUUCUGGAUGUUCUUGUGUCCUGUGAAGGCUCCGUAGAUGCGGCAUCCUCGCUGUUAGCCUCGCAGGACCCUGCGGAAAACGCACCAACCUCCAAAAAACGAGCCAUUCCGAGUUCGUCUUUCGGGAUCCAAACAUCUUUAUCGUCACACGUCCUGACAAAAGGCAAAGAUGGGUCACUCGUGUCAAUCAACGAAGGCAUGGCCGGUCGGAAGCCCUUGUCUACUAAAAAGGGGCAGACCUUGCACCUCUAUGCCCCGGAGGAUGUAGCAGCCUACACUCCCUGCACGAUUAUUCACAACUUUCUUCCUCCCGAAGAGGCCAACACGCUUCUUGUGGAGCUGCUUGAAGAAUCUCAACAUUUCUCAAGAUACGAAUUUCAACUUUUCAACCGCACAGUACAGAGCCCUCACACCACAUCCGUGUACGUUUCUACUCCUGAGGAAUACAAGCAACAGACCUCCGAAUACACGUACGGCGGCACGUACCGAUCAAACGUGCGGCAAGCAACACCGCAGCUACGCACAAUAUCGCGGAAGGUACAAGAAAGGGUGAAUGAAGAGAUUCAAAAGCGCAUCCGCGAUGUGUACCCCGAUGGAAAGAAACUCAAAUACCAAUCACCAAAGCAGUGGCGACCAAACGCAGCGUUCGUCAACUGCUACGAAGGACCAUCCGAGAGCGUAGGGUACCACUCAGACGAACUGACCUAUCUGGGGCCACACCCGGUGAUAGGCAGUCUCAGCCUAGGUGUGGAACGAGAAUUCCGAGUACGUCGGGUCGUCGCCCGGGAUGACGAGGCAGAUGCAGAGGAAACGGCAGGUAGUUGCGGCAAAAGCAGCUCUCCAUCGAAGGAGAAAGAUCAAAGGGCUGCUGCUCGUGCAGAUGCACAGGGACAGAUCUCCAUCCACCUCCCCCACAACUCACUCCUGGUCAUGCACGCAGAGAUGCAAGAAGAAUGGAAGCAUGCCAUUACCCCUGCACAAACUGUCUCCCCGCAUCCGAUUGCAGGGAAUAGGCGCAUCAAUAUCACCUACCGUUGGUAUCGCGAUAGUCUCCACCCUCGGUACAUACCUCAAUGCCGGUGCGGCACGCAUGCGAUUCUGCGGUGCGCACAGCGCAAGCAGGAGACCCGGGGCCGAUACAUGUGGAUGUGCUACGCGGGGUUUGCGUCGGGUAAACAGGGAUGCUCUUUCUUCCAAUGGGCCGAGUUCGAUGAUGACGGCGAUCCGUUGUGGGAUCGGCAGAUCGUCGAAGAUGUCGCACCGAUCUUGACCAAUUUUUCAGCGUCGCAAUAA